GUUCGAAGCUUAAGUUAUAUAUUAUAAGGAGAUACAUCUAUUCUUUCGGAUAUUCUUCAAGAAAACCCUCUAGACUUGUUAUAAGAAGCGAACAAGCUUCCUUUUGCUUAUUCUCAUGUAAGCCUCAAGCCUCAAGCCUCAAGCCUCACGCCUCACCUCACGCCUUACACCUCACACCUCAAACUUCACACAAUUUAACAACACCACACAAUACUACAUCACAUACCACAUCACAUACCACAUCACAAAAUACAUCACCACAACACAUUCACAUCCACACACAACAAUCUAAGCCCCUUUAACCAAAAAAAAACAUCAUGACUUCAUCACAAUCAAUCCUUCAGCCAGAACAAAAAGUUCGUUCCUGGGGUUUCUCAACCGUAUACACGUGGUCGGACGGCCCAAACACCCACUACGCACCCCACUCGCACAAUACCCUGACUACCCAUCUCAUUACCGCAGGGGAAUUGACCAUCACCUAUCCGCGAGAAAAGGAUGCGCAAAAGGUUACCUAUGGCGUGGGUGAGAGAAUUGAUGUGGAGAAGGAGAGGGUUCAUGAGGUGUGGAUUGGAGAGGAGGGGUGUACAUAUGUUAUUGGAGAGUCAAUGGAUGAAUAAAUGAAUGAAUAAAUGAAUAAAUGAAUAAAUGGACGAUAUGUUUGAGUUGUUCGUAUGCAUAAUUAGUAGAUGAAAUAAAUGAUAUAUUCGAGUUCACAUGUACCUAGUUAAAGUUACAAAGAUAAAAUAAAAUAAAACGACAAUCACAAUUACA